UGGGGAAGGAUUUGCAAGUACCACGAACAGACUGUGGCCUCUUUCAUUUGGGUUUUAGUUUAAGAAGCCAAAUGCAGCCCAAAUGAACAGAUACAUUGAAAUAUCCGACUGGAAACCUUCAGGACUCUGAUCCGGCUUGUCCUUGGCCCUCUCUGCAGCUGGUGUGUGAGCAGCUUCCUCGCAGGGUGUGUCUUAACUUACAGCAGCUGCCUUUGAGAGCCACGUGUCGGCUAAACGCCUACAUUCCAUCAAUAAGAGAAACUAAGAAGGGAAGGAGAAAAUUGUCAUAUUAUUUUCUCCCUCCGUAAAAGUAUAGAUUAAAUAGCUGUAUUUACUUUUAUUUAGCAGAGAAAAGUUUAGAACAGAGUCGUGAUCAGAUUUUUCUUCCUAGCAAUGACUUAUUUGCCUUUCUGACCCGCCCAAUCAACUCUUGGUGCCUCCAAGAAUUCUGUGUGCUAGAAACCUACGAGCGGAGGAGGCGAGGCCUCGGGAGAAGAGAGGGUGAAAGAAGGGGUGGGCCUAUGUAAAUAUUCCGCAAGAGUCGUCUCUUCAUUGGCUGGAAGCCUGUCCGUUACCGAGAAAGGCGGGGCGUUCCUGGGUUUGAGUGCGGUACCUGAGCGAGACGCACAGCAGAAAGCCCACGUUGGCGGCGGCUCCGAGCGCAGCGCACAGAGGCGGGAGACUGCGAAUUCCCGGGCCGACGCUGCAGCCUCUGCUCCACGCUCGGGUCCUCUUGUCUCCCAUCUCCUCGGAGAGCGGGAUCCUCCGGGUAUCCAAGAGACUACGGAGCGGAAAGCUAUAUAUAUCCUGGCUGCCUCCACUUGGGGAGGCGCGCGGAGAUUUCGACGGGGAGCGACUGUGUCCGAGGGCGGAGGGGUACUAAAUUUCGGGCCAGAGGGAAGUUAAAGCCGCGCGGAGAAGAUUGGCGUUUCAGGACGCGAGAUCGCCACAGCCCGGUACCCGCAGCGGAGUAAACUUAAGGAUUGUCCUACAAGCCAGGAAGGGAGUGCUCAGGGAUGGUGCCCCUCAUCUCUUCCAUCUCCUGAACUGUUGCCUCGGGUCCUUUUCGGCCAUCCUUCUGUGAGGGCACAGGGAAGCUCACGUGUGCAGACUGAGAUUGACCGCGGCGUGACCCGCUCAGGGGUGCCGGCUGCAGCGCUGUCCUGCAUAGGACACACCUGGCUCAGCCCGUGCGCCUCAAGAGACCUGCGGUCGCCCUGUCUUCUCUUCUCCUCCUGGGCUUUUUGGGGCGCCACGGAUGACCAUGAGAGAUAAGGACUGAGUGCCAGGAACGGGAAGAGAGCCCGCCGAGAAGUGGCGGGGGCUGCCCACUCCAAGGGCCACAGCCGCCGCGCUCCGGCCUCGCUCCGCCGCUCGACGCCUCGCCGGGCCCGCGGGGGCAGCCGGGCCGGGCGGCGAUGCCUGGGCUGGGGCGGAGGGCGCAGUGGCUGUGCUGGUGGUGGGGGUUGCUGUGCAGCUGUGGACCCCCGCCGCUGCGGCCGCCUCUGCCGGUAGCCGCGACCACCGCCGGGGGACAGCUGCUGGGAGCCGGCGGGAGCCCUGUGCGCACCGAGCAGCCGCCGCCACAGUCGUCUUCUUCGGGCUUCCUCUAUCGGCGGCUCAAGACCCACGAGAAGCGGGAGAUGCAAAAGGAGAUCCUGUCGGUGCUGGGGCUCCCGCACAGGCCGCGACCCCUGCACGGCCUCCAGCAGCCUCAGCCCCCGGUGCUCCCGCAGCAGCAGACGGCUCGCGAGGAGCCCCCUCCAGGGCGGCUGAAGUCCGCUCCGCUCUUCAUGCUGGAUCUCUACAACGCCCUGUCCGCCGAUGACGAAGAGGAUGGAGUGUCAGAGGGAGACAGCGGGGAGCCUGGGCCCCACCGAGGAGCCAGUUCGUCCCAGUUCGGACAGCCGUCUCCCGGAGCUGCACACUCCCUGAACCGCAAAAGUCUCCUGGCCCCAGGACCUGGCGGUGGUGCAUCUCCACUGACCAGCGCUCAGGACAGCGCUUUCCUUAACGACGCAGACAUGGUCAUGAGCUUUGUGAACCUGGGUAAGAAUUUGGGGUUAGCCUCACGCUGAGGACAGAUUCUCUC